CACUCCAUAGUUUAGUAAGCAUUGGAGGAAGCAAGUUUUCCUUGAUAGAUCUCAGUUAGGAUUGAAAAACAUUACUGGUGUUCCCCAUCAAAAUUAUACUGCCAUUGACAUUCUGGGAAGGAUGACUUCUAUACUUGAGCAAAUACACACUCCAAUUGCAUCAAAUUCGGCUUUAGGAACAAAUUUGCUUCAAGAAGGAGAAGAAAACAUUGGUCAAUUCCUUUAUCUUGAAGGAAUUGAGUAUCACAUGCGGAACACCUAUGAUGUCCACUUUUAUGCAUCUUUUGCACUAAUCAUGUUAUUUCCGGAACUUCAGCUCAGUAUCCAAAGAGAUUUUGCUGCUGCGGUAAUAAUGCAUGAUCCUAGUAAGAUGAAACUUUUAAAUGAUGGACAACUGGUUCCAAGAAAAGUUCUUGGAGCUGUUCCACAUGAUGUUGGAGUUGAUGACCCGUGGUUUGAAGUUAACGCAUACUGCCUUUACGACACUGAUCGAUGGAAAGACUUGAAUCCAAAAUUUGUUUACAGGGAUGUCAUUGCCACCGGUGACAAGAAGUUUGCAGAAGCUGUUUGGCCCUCAGUUUAUGUUGCAAUGGCUUAUAUGGGACAAUUUGACGAGGAUGGCGAUGGGAUGAUUGAGAAUGGAGGCUUCCCUGAUAAGACAUACGAUACAUGGUCCUUGUCUGGUGUAAGUGCCUAUAGUGGUGGGCUCUGGGUAGCAGCCUUACAGACUGCAUCUGCUUUGGCACGUGAAGUAGGAGACGAGGGUUCUGAAGAUUAUUUUUGGUACAAGUUUCUGAAAGCAAAAGGUGUCUAUCAUAAAUUGUGGAAUGGCUCUUACUUCAAUUACGACGACAGUGGUAGUCGCACAAGUUCAUCUAUUCAGGCUGAUCAGUUGGCUGGCCAAUGGUAUGCAAGGGCAUGUGGUCUUUUUCCAAUUGUUGAUGAGGACAAAGCAAGAAGCACGUUAGAGAAGGUAUACAGUUACAAUGUCUUAAAGUGAAAGGUGGGAAGCGGGGGGCUGUAAACGGGAUGCUGCCUGGUGGAAGAGUCGAUAUAUCGUCGAUGCAAUCGAGAGACAUAUGGUCUGGAGUUACAUAUGCAGUGGUUGCAAUAAAGUUCCAUGAAGAUUUGGUGGAUAUGGCAUUUCAUACUGCAAGUGGAAUCUUUGAAUCAGUGUGGUCUGAAGAAGGACUUGGUUACUCAUUUCAAACCCCGGAAGGUUGGAACACAGAGGAUCAAUAUAGAUCUCCAACUUACAUGCGUCCGUUGGCCAUAUGGGCAAUGCAAUGGGCCUUAUCAAGACCAAAACUUCCAAAGCAGGACCUAAAACCCCUAGUGAAGGCAGACUCCCUACUUACACACCAUGCCGUAGUCUCCAAAGUUGCUCGUCUUCUAAAAUUGCAUGAAGAUCAAGGUUCCCCAUUUCUUUUCCAGAUAAUAUU